CUUCGUGUUUUUGGGUUGAAUUGAAAAAGGAAGGAAAAGAGAAGCACCCAGACAAUUGUAGGGCUGUUCCAGAAAGCCCAACUGCAUUGAAAAGCUCACUAUGGCCCUGAUCCUGCUGUUCUUGGUGCUUCUCAAUUGCUAUGCUGGUGUCCAUUCUCAGGGAAUGUUGACUCAACCGGCUUCAGUGUCUGGGUCCCCAGGAGAGAUGUUCACACUCUCCUGCACCAAAGGCAGUGGAAACUGGAACAGCGCUGUCUACUGGAUUCAACAGAAAUCUGGAGAGGCCCCUCGCUUUGUCCAUUGCAAUGGUUGCAGCAGCAGGGGACCAGGGAUCCCGGCUCGGUUCACAGCAACUGGUUCUGGGAAUACGGGCACUUUAACCAUCACGAAUAUCCAGGCUGAAGACGAGGCCGAUUAUUACUGUGUGUGUUGGCACAGCACUGACAGCUCGUUCGUCUUUGGAGGUGGAACCCAUAUGACCGUCACUGGUCAGCCAGUUGCCCAUCCUGUGGUGUCUCUCUUCCCUCCAUCCCAGGAAGAACUCAAGAGCAAGAACAAGGCCACUUUGGCCUGUCUGAUGGAUGGAUUUCACCCGGGUGUUGUCCAGGUUGAGUGGCUGGGUGAUGGCCGCACCAUCUCUUCUGGUGUGGAGACCACCAAGCCUGUCAAACAGGGUGACAAGUAUAUCGCCAGCAGUUACCUGACUCUCAGUCGGUCUGAAUGGGAAGCCAAUGAGAGUUACACCUGCAAGGUGACCCAUGAAAGCAAGACCAUUGAGAAGGUGGUCAGCCGGUCGGCAUGUUCUUAAAAGGUGGAUGUCAAAGUGGUGGCCCUUAGAUCUCCAUCUCCUAGGAAGAAUUGCUUCCAAGCUAUUCUCCAAAUCCUACUUAAUUCAACCUUUACUGAUAAAGGCUGUUCUCUGUCCAACAUAGUUCCAUACCCCAAAUCUUCCUCUUGUUUGUACUCCUUGGAACCACCUUUGUUUGUUUACCUUCCUGUGUUAGCUCAUUAAUAAAAAUUUGAUAUAUGUAA